CACACUCAACUUCGUGCCGUCAAGCAGUUCAGACGUGUCGGGUGCGAGAGAAGAGUGGAGCAAACCUGCUUUUGCUUUGGCGCCUUCCCAAAUCGUGUUUGCUUAUCCCCUUUCGAAAGCCUACUGCUACCGUGAGUGUAAAUUGGUUUUCCCAUCAGAGCCGAGUUUUAUUUUGUUAUUACUUUUUUGUUUGUUUGUUGUUAAUACAAUUAACAGUAACGAAUGCAAGUUCCGGCCAGAGAGAGAUAGAGGGAUCAAAUAUAGUGAAAAAUCAAAGAAAAUUCUCAAAAUAAAUCGUGGAGCGAGAAAAAGUGCGUGUGCCAAGAGAUUGUUUAUUUUUAAAACGGCCAAACACGUAGAACGGCAACCGGCAAAAAAAAUCCAAAAACAAAUCCAAACAUAUAAUAACAAUAAAUUAUAUUCACAUCAUUCAUUCGAUAAACCAACGACAAACGGAGAGAGACGAGACACCGAAGAGCAGCGUGAAUCUAAUCGAUCGGUCGCCUAUAGAUCAUCGGAUCCGUUCAGUUCCUAACAUCAGAUCAGCGGAUGUGCCUAUUGAUCAAGAGAACCACAUAAAAUUCGAAUUUACACCCAAAAACAAACAAAAAAUUGCGGUUCAGUGUCUGUUUUUGUAAAGGCUUUAAAAAUGCCAUAAAAUCUUUAAUAGGUUUAUUUUAUUUACGAGUAUUUGGGUUGCAGUCUUCGUCGUCUUUCGUCUUCUGUGGGAAAAAAUGGCAAAAAUGCCCUUAAAAGUGAUCAAAAUAUUUACCGUUUGACUGCGGAUUCUCGGAUUCAAUCGACGAUUGCCCUUCGGAAUCGGGCCGCCUCCGCCUCCCUUCUCCAAUUGCACAGUAAACUGAAUUUUUAAAGGGGAAUCAAAGGAAAGAGACAGCCACCACAGGGAGAGAAAAAGAGAGAGAGAGUGACAAGGAGAGCAGCAGCACAAAAAAGGUUUUAUUGAACUCUCUUCUGCUCUUCUGCUGUCUGUGUUCUAUGUGCUGUGUGCUGUGUGCUGUGUGCUGUGUGUGUACUCUGCUCGUUUCUCUGUAGGCGACAAACAAUUCCCGGGUGGAACCAGAGCCAUGGCCCGACUGGUGACCCUGUGCCUGGCCCUGACCCUCAUCCUCAGCCUGGCUCUUAGUAGCAGAACCUCCUCAUCCUCCCCCUCAACCCUAGGGGUGUACAUCGAGCGGGCGCCCGAAUCGGCGGUGGCCCCCAAGGGCGAUGAGGUCGUGUUCGAGUGCGAGAUGAACCUGAAGCCCGAUCGACUAGAGUGGCGCUUCCGGGAGAAUGGAUCCGUGGCGUACCGCUACCUGAGGCCCAGCGGCGGUUACAAUGUGACGAACAGCAACGAGGAGCGCACCUGGAAGCUAAGGAUCUACGUGAGUCCACAGACGGUGGGCGACUACCAGUGCGUUGCCUGGUACGGGCCCGGGGCGCUGGCCUCGACGCCCGCUCGGCUCACCCUCGUCUCCAUUUCGAUCGACAAUCUCAGCGGCUACAGUCGCCCGCAUGCGGUACGCUGGAGCGUGGCGCCCCGUAAUUGUGUCCUCAUUCGAUGUGGCACGGUGACCUCCAGUCCGCCGGCCAUCUGGAGCUUCUACCGGAACGGGGAGAAGCUGCCGCAGACAGAGAUGCUGGUGUCGGGAGCGGGCGGGGCCCUGGUCCUAAGCUCAGUUGGCACCAAGGAUGCGGGGAACUACACCUGCGCGGCGACCAAUGCUAUCACGGGGGUGGAAGUCCGCCUGCCCCAAGUCAUCGACCUUAGGGUGGACUACACGGACCGAACGCAGCCCUACUUUCUCCAGCAGCCGGCGAGCCAGCUGCAGGCGCGCCCCGGCGAGACCAUCAUCCUGGAGUGCCCCGGCGUAGGCUCUCCCAGGCCAGAGGCCGUCUGGAGCAGCCCCACUCUCCCCAGCAUCAAUCACAAUCGCAGUCGAGUGCUCGCGUACGGUCUGCAAAUAACCGAUGUACGGCCGGAGGAUCAAGGCUCGUAUGUGUGCCGCUUGGACAACGGUAUAGCGCCCGUCCGUGUGCACAUGAUCAAGCUGCAGGUUCUGGAGCGCCCCAGCAUACUGCGCGGACCAGCGGCCACACUCACCAAUGAGGGCGACUCCUUGACCCUUGAAUGCUCGGCCACAGGCAAUCCCCAGCCGGAGAUAUACUGGCUACUCAACGGCGAGGAUGCCAGCACUGACAACGAGACGCUUGCCGAGAACCGCAGCCUACUCAUCCAUCACGUGCAGAAGCGGCAUGCGGGAGUAGUGCAAUGCUUUGCGAGGAAUACCCUGGGAGAGAUCAGCGAAGGAAAUAUGCUGCGUGUGAAUCCCCUUCAAAUAAGCGGUGAGGAUUACCAGCCUUUGGGCAAUGUGCCGAUGCGUUCGUCGCACGAUUCGGGCAGUGGAGGGUCCUCCUCGGGCUCUGGCUUCUCCUCGUCCUCUGGUAGCGGCGGCGGAUCCCGCAACAAGGGCAAGCGGAAGUACAACCGUUUGGACAUGGUGCCACCGUCACGGCCCAAUGUUACCCGUUUGGCCGACGAUGCCGUCAUGCUGCGCUGGAACGUGCCGCGCAACGACGGCCUCUCCAUCAACUUUUUCAAGGUGCAGUAUCGCAUGCUCGGCGACAGCUUCCGUAAGAUUCCACGCGAGAACUGGCAGACCACCAACGAGAACAUACCCUACGGUUACUGGAAGGCAACGCGCGGACGUGAUCGCCACGACCGGGACCAACAGCAGCAGCAUGAAGUAACCGUCGGCCCCAAGAACUUCACGUCGUCGGUGACGGGACUGCGACCGGAUCGGUAUUACCGCUUCCGGAUCGUGGCCGUCUACUCGAACAACGACAACAAGGAGGGUAACACCUCACUCAAGUUCUUCCUAGAGCGAGGCGUGGCCAAAUCGAACCUCCCGGUGCCCGAUCUGCGCGACGUGGAACCCUACUCCGAGUCUGCCGUUCUGCUGCACUGGACCCUGGCCUCUGCGGCUGUCCCGGCCACAGCCACGGGCUCCUCAUCCGACAGCAGCAUCGAUGGCUACUAUGCGUACUACAGGCCCACUGACUCGGCGGGCGAGUACCUCAAGGCGACUGUGGAUGGCGGCCAUACGCGCCGUUUUAAGAUCGAUAUGCUACGAGCGGGUACCGCCUACGAGUUCAAGCUGCAGACCUUCAAUGCCCAUGCGGCCUCCGAAUUCAGUGCCAUUCGUCAGGCGCGGACAAAGAAGCUAAAUGAGCCGACAGCAUCGUCCACAACGCCCCUGAUGGUCCCCGCCAACCAGGGGAAGCCAUCGCAGAGCUCCAUUUACCCGGUGAUUGCCGGUGCCGCCGUUGUGGGCCUGCUACUGCUGAUUGCAACAGUGGUAGCAUGCCUGCGUCGUCGCAAAAAUUCCCAGCCAGAGGAUGAGAACAAACCGCAAUUGGAGCAUAUACAAGCGGACUUUGUUACCUCCGCCGUGCUGGGGGUUGGCGGGCAUCACAAAAGCGGCGGCGAUGUGCGACGCCUGAAUGGCGUUAUACCGCGCAUGAAUAUCACGCCUAACCCGCUGGCCCAGGACACUGCCUCCGACAAGAACCGCAACGUCAUGGAGCUGCGCUUCAUGCCGCCCUUGUCUAAUGGCCAUGGAAAAGGCAAUGGGAUCCACUGCAGACCGGGAGGAGGCCGUGAAGAGGCGGCAGAAGAUGAGGAUGCCCUCCAAGCAAUGGCUUCGUCCUCCUGCGAGACAUUGGAGGCCUGCGAUGGCAUCAGCCAGCAGCAGCAGGAGCCAUCGCCAUCGCCAUCGAUGGACGCCCCCAGCAAGCCACUGCCGCCGCUGCCCAAGAAAUCCACAUCCGCCACCAACGCCACUACAGCAACAGGUGCUGGUGCAGGUUCAAGCUCUGGCAAGCCAGUAAACGGCAACGCUGGCGUUGUGGCAGCCAUGCACCAGAGCGGGCUGCACCAUGCCCAGCCGUAUCAUCCGCCGGGGACACCAACUAUGCUACACAAGCGCCUCGAUUACCACCAGCAACAGCUGCAGCAGCAACCGCCGCCAGUGCCGCCACAUGCCUCCUACUACCAGCAGCAGCAGGCGCCUAUACAUCUUCCUGGAGCCUGCGGGCCCUCCCCCAUGUUGGAGCGCAGUGUGCGGGGUCUGCAGCAGCACCAGCAGCCGUCGUACGGGGCCGGCUUUCCUGAGGACGGUACUCCCACACCAUCGCGCAUACCCUCGCUGCGGCGACAGCGACGCGCCUCGGGCAGCCAGCAUAACAGCCACAGCAAUCUCAAUCUGAACCACCAUCAGCAUCACAAUAACAACAACAACCUGCCGCCACACCACCAACACUUGCACCACCAUCAGGGGCACCAGGGUCUGGUAGGCAUACCGAUUGUACCUGGUAGUCCACGGGUGCAGCGUUCGCCGAUGCCCAGCCGUGCGAUGAUCAAGCGAACGCGACUCGGCAGCCACACGGACAACAUAUCGUCCGGCAGUCUCAACAGUAUUGAGGUGUAGGUCGAAGGAGAAGCAUCCAAUUAGACAAGAAAGAACAGCAGGAGCCUAAGCACACGAGACACGAGUUAAGACUAGC